AUGGCGAUUGAUUACUCCAAGCGAGGACAAAUGGUGAUGAACUCCUCAUUUCCCAAGUUUCCAAUCAAAUCCCUAACUUCUCUCUCUGACGACAAGCACCCUGAAGAACACAAGCAAAUAGCCACCUUCUUCAAUUUGUUUCUACUUAGCAUUACCAUUGGGGCUUCCAUUGGUGUAACAUUUGUGGUGUAUGUCAGCUCACAUCUUGGGUGGGACAAAGGUUUUAGCAUCUCCAUGUCAUGCGCAUUUGUUGGUCUUGUCUGUCUCGCAUUAGGAAAGCCAUUUUAUCGUGUUCGGAUUCCAGGAGAAAGUCCGUCGUUGAGAGUCUUACAGGUUUUGGUGGUGACAGUGAAGAACUGGAGGGUAGACGUACCCAACUCGGACGAACUAUAUUCGCUACGCGAUUGCAAGUCUCUUCCAAAUGGAGAGCUCAUCCCCCACAGCAACCAGUUCAGAUUACUAGACAAGGCGGCUUUUCUGCCAAAAGGCACGGAGGCAGGAAAAUGGAGGGUCUGUAGCGUAAUGCAAGUGGAAGAAGUGAAGAUUUUGACAAGAAUGAUGCCCAUCAUUCUAAGCACCAUCCUUAUGAACACAUGUUUAGCCCAGUUGCAGACCUUUUCCGCCCAACAGGGGACCAUCAUGAACACACACAUCCACAGAUUUGAUGUCCCAUCAACCUCAAUUCUGAUUCCUUUAGUUUUCAUGUCGCUUCUCAUACCCGUCUACGAAUUUGCCUUGGUGCCAAUCUUGCGUAAAAUCACAGGCCACCCCAACAGCAUAACCCACUUGCAGAGAGUGGGGGUUGGGCUUGUCCUCUCCGCAAUCUCAAUGGGUAUAGCAGGCAUCAUAGAAGUGAAGAGGAAGCACGAAUUCAUCCACCACAAUCACCGAAUCAGCCUCUUUUGGCUGUCUUUCCAUUAUGCCAUCUUCGGAAUUACGGAUAUGUUUACACUCGUGGGGCUCCUGGAGUUUUUCUAUAAGGAGGCGCCUGCUGGCAUGAGAUCCCUUUCCACUUCUUUCUCCUGGCUCUCUUUGUCCAUCGGCUACUACUUGAGCACGGCGUUCGUUGAGCUCAUAAACUUGGUCACCGGUAAGCUGAGUAAGAGCAAGACAGGGUGGCUGGAAGGGCGUGACAUGAAUAAGAGCCAUCUGGAGCGCUUCUACUGGUUCUUGGCAGUUCUCAACAUUCUCAACUUUGUUAAUUACGUGUUUUGGGCUAAAUGGUACAAGUAUAAAACGGAUGUUCCGAUUGAUGAAGAAAUGCUACUCAAAUCAAGCCAAGCAGGAGGCGCAGAUCAAUCAUUAUCUGCUACUACUACUACUACUACUACGAGCUUUAUAUCCAAAAACCAAGAGCAAGAAGAUCAGAGAAAGAAUUGAAUUAGGUAAAGUAAUCUUACGUACAUGCACGACAACUGAACUCGACCACCAUUUCUGAAGGUUGAGCAAAGUAGUCAUGCAUGUCCUAAUUAAUUAUAUAUAUCUUACAUAUUUAUACAAUCCUUCCUCCUCCCCUGCAAUCCAACAAAAUGGUUUGUAGUUCUCUUUUUUGAUAAUAUGUAUGCUCUAUGUUUUAAUAAAUUAAGGACUUUCUCAUUAUAUUUGAAGCGUUCA